AUGCUAUAACAAAUAGAUAAACUCAAUUGGAGUUUGGUUUUGAUUAUUUAAUUAUAGUAAAUGAAUUUUUCAUCCUCAGAAUAUCGUGUGCUCUCUAAUUUAGGUUCUGGCUCUGGUCAUUAAGUCAUGAAAGUUUAACACAACUCAACUUCUCAAAUUUUAGCUAUGAAAAUUGAAAAAGGUCCUUAAUUAGGUCAAAUUGAAACAGAAAUCUCAAGGCUAAAACAGCUCAAGGGCCUAGAUGGUGUCCCUUAAUUGAUUGAUUCUGGUAAAACCAAAGAUUCUCGCUACUUGAUCACACCCAUCUUGAAAAGAAACCUUUAAGAAAUACUAAAAGACAACUCGAUGACAAUUCCAUAGAUACUAACCAUUGGAUUAAGUAUUUUAAGGGUUUUGGAAUAAGUUCAUAAAAAACAUAUUCUGCACCUCGAUAUAAAACCAGAAAAUAUCAUGAUUACAUCCUCUCACAUAAAUGUCCCAAUAGAGGAAAUUGCCAAACCUGGAUUUGUUCAUUUAAUAGAUUUUGGAUUGUCACAGAAGGCUGGAUAAUCGAUUUCUUAAAAUAAGGUUUUUGUGGGUUCACUAAGAUAUGCAAGUAGAUAGGCUCACAAAGGAAAUUAGUUGCAUUAUAAAGAUGAUUUGGAAAGUCUCCUAUAUGUAUUAGUGUACCUAAGGAACAAGACGCUUCCAUGGCAGACGGUCUAACAAUAUUAAUCCUAACAGUUAGAAAUUCGAAAAAUCGGGGAAAUUAAGGAAGCUGUAUUUAACUCUAUGAAUCUAAUGCAAAGAUUUCCAUCUCAAUUUACAGCAUUUAAGAAUUAUAUUGAUGGAUUACCUGAGACUCAAAUGCCUAAUUAUGAUUACUUGAAAUCAUUAUUUAAGGAAAUUUUAAAUUUAGAAAAAUGUUCUCCUACAUUGCAGUAUACAGCAUCAAUUACACAUAGUAACUCGUUCAAAGAAUCAAACUAAAUUUAAAAUUCAGAUAGAAUCAUUUCAAUGUUUUCAAACCCUUAGAAACAAGAUUAAGUAUAGAGAGACGAGGAUUUAUGUGACUCUGAAACAUCUGUAAUAUUGAUUUCAAAUUGGAUAAAAACAUGUGAUACAUAAAAACCUAAGUCGAUUGUUGAUAUCAAAUUUUGA